GCAUCAGCUGUUCCCACCGUGGGUGAUCCAAUUGGAACGGAGUGGAACAAACUUUUCAUUUCAUUCGACCAAACGCAGUAAUGUCAAACCAGCGAAACGUCAAUGUGACAGUGCAGCAGUAGUUGCCCGAAGAUUCGGUGAGGUGUUGUGGUGUUGCGCUUUCAGCCAGAAAUUCUCAAAAUUAACUCCGCCGUUCGCUGGCUUGUGUCGGUCGGGAAAGAAUUUCUGAACGGUACGGCCAAGUUUUCGUGUUUUCGCGGCGCCCAUUGAAUCGUUUCGUUUAAGAAAGGAUCAUCGACGCAGCACCCGUUCUUAUUUGGUCCUUAUCGUCUGCAAUCUUUCGUUGGCAGCUGAAGCAAAAGCAAAACUAAGCAGGAUGUCAGCUAAAUCAGAUCCACAAAAACCACCACAGCCUCCCAAGCAAUUUGCGCUACUCCCAAAAAUUAUCAAUGGUGGAAUAGCAGGAAUUAUCGGCGUAUCAUGCGUAUUUCCAUUGGAUUUAGUUAAAACUCGUCUUCAAAACCAACAAAUCGGACCAAAUGGCGAGAAAAUGUAUAAAAACAUGUUAGACUGUUUUAAGAAAACAUAUCGGGCCGAAGGCUACUUCGGCAUGUAUCGCGGAUCUGCUGUUAACAUUUUACUAAUUACUCCUGAAAAGGCUAUCAAGUUGGCUGCAAAUGACUUCUUUCGGCAUCAUUUGACAACAUCAUCAGGAACUUUACCAAUAACCCGCCAAAUGGCAGCCGGUGGCUUAGCUGGUCUAUGCCAAAUUAUCAUAACAACACCAAUGGAAUUGCUGAAGAUUCAAAUGCAAGAUGCUGGACGUGUAGCAGCACAAGCACGUGAAGCUGGAAAGACUGUACCCAAAACCUCAGCCACACAACUAACAAUUCAAUUACUGAAAGAAAAAGGAAUACUCGGUCUAUACAAAGGGAUUGGAGCUACUAUGUUAAGAGAUGUAUCGUUUUCAAUAGUUUAUUUCCCCUUGUUUGCUACGUUGAAUGAUUUGGGCCCAAGAAAAAGUGAUGGGUCGGGUGAAGCAGUAUUUUGGUGCUCUUUCUUAUCAGGCUGCGCAGCUGGUUCUUUUGCAGCCUUGGCUGUGAAUCCAUUUGAUGUAGUUAAAACACGACUUCAAGCAUUAAAGAAAGCCGAAGGUGAAAAGGAAUUCAAGGGAAUCGUAGAUUGUUGUGUGAAAACACUCCGAUACGAAGGGCCAACAGCAUUCUUCAAGGGUGGCUUGUGCCGUAUGAUUGUCAUUGCGCCAUUGUUCGGAAUAGCGCAAAUGGUCUAUUACCUAGGCGUCGCGGAGGCGCUUCUAGGCAUUAAACGUGAUUAAAAAGUCAAUUUGAAAUUAACUAUUUUGAUAGGAGGCGCCACUCAAAAAGUACUUUUCAGUUAUUGGAAGGAGAUUUUUAAAAUAAAUUAUUGUAAUGUAAACGCAUGACUAUUCGACACUUAGAAUUAAUGAGCUCAGUUCGAGAUUGUUUAUAAAUCAAUCACAAAUCUAUCAAAAAUUUAAUGAAAUAGUGAUGAUACCGUGACAAUAAUGUAUCAAGUAUACAUACUGAAAUAAACACAAACUCCAGAAUAACAAAUGAGCUUCACUGGUGACCACAAAUGCUGCUUCCUAGAUGUUUUCUCUGGUCGAAUGUUAUUUGAGUGUUCGUAAAGUUUUGCAUUUUCCGUUAAGGCUACAUUAGUAGAACAUGAGAAGAUAUUAAAAUUAAAUGUCUGUAUUUGGAGAUGUAUAAUAUGUAAGUGUGUAAAAAAUGUUAAAAAGAACAAAUCCUGUCGAUAUACUAAUUGAAAAAAUAAAGAUGUCCGAGACAAAUUCAAGCCAUAGCAACUA